ACUUGAAAUAUGAUUUUGUUUGUGUAUUGAAAUAUAAUCUGCUAAAAUUAGAGCUAGAGCUGGUGCCAAACUUGGAACUUUUAUUACGAUUCUUCCAUUAUUCUUGCCUUAUCUGAUGUGUCACAUGGUUUUGCCGUUGAUGUCGUCAAGUUGUGUCACGCGUGUGCGAUGUUUACGCUUGCCAAGUUAUGUCGGCAUGUACAAAAAGAACGUAAGUGGACUAGACUUGCCACAUUGUUGUGAUUUCAAGAACAUUAUUUGGAUGAUUUGUUAGAAAGAAAUAUCAUUUUCCAUUUGGCAAUUUAUCAAGUUAUUUGAUGUAAUAUAUAGAGAGAGGGAAAGAUAAAGGAGUACUAUUUCGUUCUUGAAUUUGGAUUAAAAAAAUAAAUUAACAUUAGUGGUUUUUGCGUGUGAUAAAACCUUACCCGUAUCAUGGCAUGUGAAUUCCUGUUGUCGAUAACACCCGCUGCGCUGCUCCGGCUACUACUAUCACAAAGGACUGACCCACCCAGAACAGUUCAAGAGAAUAAUGGUUCAUUCAUUGAUUUGAUUCAUAAUUAACCUCAUCAUUCUGGACGAGGACCAACCCGGAUCAUUUCGCAUUGAUCCAACUCUCAUACCUAUCCUAUGAAAUUUACGAGUUUGAGCCCAUCUGGGAGUUACAAUCUUCCACCAUGCCAUGUAGUCAACUUAUGCGGUUUCCAUAUCUUAUUUGAUUGCCCUCUUGACUUAUCUGCUUUAACUAUAUUCUCCCCAAUAUCUACUUUUUUAUAUGAAAAUCUUGAUGAAGAACGGGGUCAAAAGGAAAAAACCAAGAAACUCCUUGAUAGGACCGGUUUAAUACCUUCAGAACCAUACUAUAAAACCAUUGAAAAAUUGCAACUAUGGGAUGUUUCACUGAUUGAUGUGGUGCUGAUAUCAACUCCAAUGGGGAUGUUGGGGUUGCCAUUUCUCACUCGCGCUCGAGGUUUUUCUGCUAAGAUAUAUGCAACUGAGGUCACUGCAAGGCUUGGUCAGUUUAUGAUGGAGGAUCUUGUUGCAAUGCAUAUGGAAUAUAAACAACUGUAUGGACCUGAAGAGACUAGUUUUCUUCAACGGUUCAAGUGGGAAGAACUUGAAGCUCUUCCAUCAGCACUGAAAGACGUAGUUCUUGGUAAAGAUGCGGCAGAGCUUGGUAGUUGGUUGCCGUUAUACAGUGCAGCUGAUGUGAAGGACUGUUUACGAAAAGUCCGAACUCUUAGAUAUUCUGAAGAAGCUUGCUAUAAUGGGACCUUGAUAAUCAAUGCUUUGAGCUCUGGUAUAGAAAUAGGUUCAUGUAAUUGGAAUCUUAAAAGUCCAAAGAGGAAUAUAUCAUAUAUUUCAAGCGCCGUGUUUUCAUCUGAAACUGCAAUGGGUUUUGAUUUCCAUGGUCUCUUAGAAAGUGACGUGCUUAUAUAUUCUGAUUUUGCUCUAUGGAAUGAGGACAUAUGUGUUGAUGAGAAUAAUUUCUCCUCUCCUGUUACUGGUGACUGCUCAACCAAAAGCAACAAUGCAAAUACACUGGACUUGGAUGCUUGUUCCACUCUAAUUUCUGAUGAGAGUUCAGAAGAAAUGGAGAAACUGAACUUCAUAUGCUCGUGUUCUAUGGAUUCUGUGAAAGCUGGUGGUUCUGUUCUAGUUCCCAUUGGAAGGCUUGGAGUUGUUUUGCAGCUUCUGGAGUUGUUUGCUUUGCAUAUCGACUCAUCUGACGUGAAGGUUCCAAUAUUUAUCAUCUCCAGUGUGGCAGAGGAAUUACUGGCAUAUACUAGUAUUAUACCAGAGUGGUUAUGCAAAGAUCGACAAGAGAAGAUGUACUCUGGCAACCCAGUUUUUUGUCAUGAAGACCUCAUAAAAGAGAAAAAGAUCCAUGUGUUCCCGACAGUUUACUCACAUGAGUUAUUAAUGAUGUGGCAGGAGCCAUGCAUAGUAGUUUGUCCUCACUGGAGCUUGCGGCUUGGACCUGUCGUACAUUUACUUCAGCGUUGGCAUGUGGAUCCUAACUCACUUUUAGUUCUGGAGGAAGGAGUUGACACUGAUCUUGCACUCUCACCUUUCAAGCCAGUAGCAAUGAAGGUUUUGCAAUGCUCUUUUGUUUCUAGUAUAAAGAUGGAAAAGGUUCCACAAUUACUUAAAGUGCUUCAGCCAAAACUGAUCAUGAUUCGUUGUCAACAGCUUCCAGAUAAUACAAAGCCAUACUUUGCUCCGUUAAGUGAAUCACUGCCAUGCUUGUUUUACACCGAAAAUGAAACACUUCAUCUGCCAAGUUCAAAUAAUCUUUCAGAGCUACAUAUUGCAACAGACCUGGUGUCACAGUUGGCUUUGUCAAAAUUGAAAAAUGAAGACUUGACCAUCUCAAGAUUAAAAGGUGAGCUUUUUGUGGAAAAUGGGAAACACUAUUUACUUGCAGAGAAAGAGGCAAUGUCUUUAGAGACGAAGCCUUUGGUGCAUUGGGGCAAGGUUGAUUCAGAAAGUUUAUUAUUGGCAUUAGAGAAGUUUGGGGUCAAAUCGUCAAUGGAAAAGGUCAAAACAAAAGAUGAAUGUGGAUCAACCGUGUUGCAUGUGUUAGAGCCUAACAAGGCCAUAAUAGAACUGAAUGAAGCAAGUACUAUAAUUAGUACCUGUGAUGAAUGUUUAGCGUCCCGUAUUUCUGAUGCAGUUCAUAGUUUGCUGAAUGGUAUUUAAGGGGUUUAUAUAUUUUGAUUGCAGAUUCAUUAGUAAGUUUUCAGUUUGACCAUCUUGUAAUAUUUAGAGCUUAGCAGAGGUUCCAGUAUCUAUUAAAGAUUCUUCAAUUCUUGGCCAUGAAAUCUAAGAAAAAUGUUGAUUGUA